AUGCCUCGCAUCGAGCGUUCACGGCAUCACGAUGCUGUCGAGGACCGUUCGAGCCGCCGACUCAGCAGUGGGCGGAGACCAGGCAUCAUUUCACCGCUUGUCGACGAAGAAUGUGCACGCGACCGGUACUAUCCGCCUCGCUCGUCUUCCAACAUGCCGACUCCAUCCCGCAGAGGCUCUUCGAGUCGUGACGGUAGCGGUAGCGGCCAUACGUAUCGUGCAUCCGGCAUGAUGAUGAGCCUGCUCGGCAUGCGGAGCCGGCGUGAACGGUCAAGCUCAGAUUCGUCGUCGACACCUCACGUACCUGUGGUCGAUGACGUCUUUCUCAAACCCUCCGUACCCAGCUACAUUCGCAACAACACGGGUUGGGAGAACAUGCCCGCUCCACCAUACGACAGUUCCGCGGGCGUGACAACCGGGCCUGCACAUGCGGGAGCACCUUAUGCUCUGUCUAAUAUCCCAGCCCAGAUCUACCUUCUCCAACCCCAACAGUCUCUUUCCACAACUCCGCCCGUCGACAGCAAGGAGAACAACCCAACUUUCAUGGACCAGGCACACGUAUCGACGCCACCCAUCCCUUCUCUGCCCCAAUUUGUACCGCCAUGCUACACAUACACACCCCCGAGUGUAUAUCUGUGGCCACAAGCGGGUGUUUCGAGUCCGAUGAUGCCAAUGAGCAUGCCUGCGCACAGCGUUGUUCCGCCCAGUGGCAGCACGGCCGCCUCACAAAACUUCUCGUCGCAGACCUCUAACCGCAGUGGGCGUACCAAACGACGGCCUCGCAGCCCUUUGUCAUCUCAGUCCAGCUCAAGCUUCACUGACAGAGGCCGACGUGAAUGUGGUCCUGUUCACCGGCACAGCCGCCGCCAAUCUCGGGACCGGUCGUAUGACUCCUCUCAGACUGAGACCCGGUACCGGUCUCGCCGCUCGAGCACACCAAGCCGGUCUCAUUGUCGCCGGCCGUCUCUCAAGCGGAGCCAACGGCACCGCCGUUCGUCGUCUGUACACAAGAAAGCACUGGCACACCACUUUUGUACCGGCUGUGGCAGGAUUCGGUCUCGCAAGUUCCACGAUUCGAAUCCUUUCCGUCCUGGCAAAAAGAAGCUUAUCAACUACUGUCUCAAAUGUCGUGAGGUGUUAGACUUGUGCAACGACGACCGCAUUGUAUCUGCGGACGAGACUGAGCCUCUUGGUCGAGUCAAGGAGAACGGCCCGGAAAUGCAAGAAAUACAUGAAAAAAAGAAGUCCAGCCAUCGGGCACAGGCGCCUCACACGGUUGGCUCGAUCAGUUUCAUAAUGGAAGAGGCCAUUCAGUCUUUGCCGAAGCCUUACGCCGCGCACAUUGCAAAUUCAAGCUCUUCACCCAAAGAUUCGCGUCAUGAGCAUAGCCAUACCCAGGAACCAAAGGCUGAGCCAGUUUCGGUGGAAAUGGCCCCAUCAAGGGAGUCAACCAAAGUCCCCACCAAGCAGCCUCUCAAGACUGCAUCCAACAGCAGCUUGACAAAGACAAGGGGGUAUCAUCCGCCGACAGUAGAGUCAGUUCUUGACUCUGACGACGAAAAACCGUCCAGCUACUAUCGGUCCAGCGCAGCCCGGGCACGAUACAGCAAAAGCGAGCACGAAUAUGUGAGAGCGGACGACUGCCAAACGGUUAAGAGCAGCCCGUCAGUUCCUCCUCCUCGCAGCGAAGUGUUCGAAACUACUCCUCGAGGCGGUGACCGAAUGGCAAGCGAUGGCAAUCCUUCUCAGCAUCACGUCCGCUUUGAGACACAGUCGAGAAGCGAGACAGAAGCCAAUGAUCUGCUCGCCGGUUCCCGUAUCACGGACGACAAGACCAAUUUCUUCGCAUCGUUCCCGCCAGCCUAUCGCCCAGCUGUGAUCGCCUCACGUCCCAUCAAGUCGGUUCGUCGCUGUGCUUCGGACCAUGUCAAUUUCGAGCAGUACAGAAAACGUCAUACAAUGGCUAUGGAGAACCAGGAGCCACACUUUAUGUGCACACCUCAUAGCCAUCGAUGCUGUGAUCAUCUUGACUCGGGAGCCGACCGCAGCGUGUUCUACCGCCAGACAAUGCCCAGCCCGCUGGCUGGACGCAAGACGAGGGAUGCGUUUUCGUCGCCGCUGAAGCCGAUCUCUCAUGACAUGUAUGGCGCAACGCCGUACAGUCCGCUGAUGCCAAUCCCGGGAAGCACACGCGUACCUCGCACAUUCAGCGUGCAUACGGUCAGUCCGUCUAUGGCGUCCGAAGAACUCUAUCAGCCCCAACCUAGCCAGCCUCAGCGCUCCAUCCCCAAGUCGCCUGCUCCGUUUGAGGAUGCCCCCUAUGGGUCGUGCUCGAAUGUUGGCCAAGGUGGCUGGAGCACUGGCUAUGCUGGUGCAGAGCCGUCGGCGGGCAGUUGCAACCUCAAGACCGCUCACCGUGCCAUGUCUGAUGCCACUGAAGAGCUCCCGUCACCUCGCUCCAGCACACUUGGCGUGAACUAUGAUGAGCAGAACGGGGACCCAAUCAGCCAGCUUGGUGAAGGCAUCCCGCCGUACAAUUUCGACCUCUUCUCAGAGGUUGGCUCUCGCCGCUCCUUCCAGGGAAAGGACGACGAUGGGUGUGAGACGGAGACCGCCGACCCCUUUAGCGAUGAAGCUGAGGAGGAUGGCCAGUUCGACGACACGGGCGCUGCAGAAUUCCACUACAACAGCUUCGAAAACGAUCCAAUUGUUCCAGAUUACAAUUUCGACUUGUUUUCGGACGUGACGAACCGUUGGUCGCCGCCAGACGCCGGCUACGGAGAGGCCAACGAAUCCAGACACGAUCGUGGCUGGGGGUCCCAGACCGGCGGUCUCUGUGGGAAAGAGAACGAAACCGCGCCGAAUAGCAACCAUGAAAUAUCACUUGUCGUCCGCAGGCGGCCGCCGCGUCGCGUCCGCAAGCCGUCAACGUUUGAGGUCGAGGAGUACGCGGGAACCGACGACGAUGCAGCCAGUGUGGCCAGCAGCAGACUUGGGAAGCCUGGAACGCGGUCGUUUGUCAGCACAACGCAGCGAUUGGUCGAUUGUGAGGUGAUUUCGAACCCCGAUGACUCGCACGGCGCGGAGGCACGCAGAGCACGGCCUCCUCUUCGAUGCCGGUACGUUUUGUCCAAGAGGCCGUCCUUGGAGGGCAUCGAGCUAACAUAUGCAGUGCCUCGAUCCGAACGAUUCAGACAGUCUACUGAGUUUGCAUAUCGUGUCUUCUGA